ACAAAAUAGGUUUUAAGCAAAAAAGAUAAUAAUGACAAUGUCUUUCUGGGUUCCUAUUGCCUUUAUAAUAGUGGUGAUAUCUUAUAUGCUGCUGGUGAGAAGAUACGCCAGAGGAAACGCCCAGUACGAGGCCGAAGCUUUUCAUUCAAAUAGCUAUUUCCCUCCCUUAGAUGCGUCAAAUAAGGGAAGGAAUAUCAAUGGGCCCAGCACCAAUGUUGGACGCCCCAGACGCGCACGAAAAGAGGAUUGAUUGACUUAAUCUCCAGUGAUAUUGGAAAAUUGCAAAUAGGAUAUAUAUGUUUAGUUUACUGAUGGAGCAAAAGUUAUCCUUGUUGCUUUCAUCACGUGUGUGCUUGUGCAUGGGGACUGCUUAAGAACUGCAUUUUUCCUAGUUUUUUAGGUAUUGUAUUUGAUUUUUAACCUUCGAAAUUAUGCAUAUUUUCCCUUCACAUCUCUCAUAUUUUAUCUGUGCGACGGUUGCGCCUGCUGGACUAACUUUAAUUUUACCGCUUUCGCUGGAUAACCCUCUAAAUUAGGCUCCUUAUAAUCUACGUAAUAAUAAUGGAAAAAUACCUUAAUUUUCAUAAAUAUGGUGUUUCACAUGAACUUUCGACCGCUUCCCAUUAUUUUCCUCUUUUGUACCAAUUUAUCCGAUAUUUCCGUCGUCUUUAAUCCGUUCUACUUUUUUCAGUGCAAGUUAUACAAGCUCAAGACAUAGCACUACAAGCUAUUUACGUGUUGAGGAUACCAAACCAUUGAUAAUUUUCACCUCUUUUUUUUACGCUUAUUUAUUGACAAAGCCAUCUGGCUCUGUUUUUGCUGUUGUUUGGCGACAUUUUUGAUUUCUUAGCGACAUAAGUGCGGAAAAACUUUACUCCCUCUUUCUGCGUUGGUGCCAGCCUUGUGUGGAGCGGUGUAUAGCAGUGGAAUCGGGAUUAGAUAAAGUGGUUGAACGGAACUUUUCUUCUUCGUAGAAGAUAGGGAUAAAUAGUAUAGAAAUGGACACGUUCUCAGCAUUUUCGACCUCGCCGUCGGCCAACGUAGCGGCUUUUCAUGCGAACGAUGGAAAUCCUGGUGGAAUCUCCCCCGGCGGCGGUAUGGUAGGGGCCGGUGGUGGCGUCUCGAGCAUCUCUCAUCUCAGCAACCCAGGUGCCACAAACGGCAUUCUAGCUAAUGGCAACUUCAGUAAGAUAACCUCAACGGCGCUUUUCACGACCUCGGCCAAUCAAAACGCACUGAUACACUCUUCACGGGCUAGUAACACCAACGUAGGGAGUCGCGGUACCAGUCCCAUAAACUUUGCCGAUAGCUCCGUGAACGGCGUAGGCACUGGUAGUGUUCGGGUACCGUUAGGGACCAUACAUAUGUCCAGCACUAUGGACUGUAGCCCAUCCACGGACAGCUUUGGAGAGAGCACGCUCGAGAGCAUCACACAGACGUUAUCGGUCUUGCAAAACAUUGCUGAGGGGCGGCAUUUUGGGCAAUGGAACGACUUGCUUGACCCCAAAAAACCGGUCGAGUCUGCUCGAAAGGUGAAUGCUGCGCUGAACAAGGCCCCUCUACCGGUGCGAAAGGAGGGUAUUACAGUUUUGGCUCGUGGCAUGACUACCCCAGCACACUUAACUAUCGUCAGCCACAUGGAGGAACCGUACCGAAACGAGGUGCGUAACUUGGUCCUUCACGACCUCCUCAAUCAGCUAUCCUUAGCCGGAAACGACCCGAUGCCGCUGUGUGCAGAGAUGCUGGCGGAGCUCUCCCGGCUUAACCUCGUCCGAUUGAGUGGUGUUGCGGUUGCCAUCGAGCGCUACCUUAACGAACCGGACAAGCGUAGGGCGGGCAUCGCACUUCUCGGUCGCGUUGCAGAGUAUAACCGUGGAAGUGAGGCUUUCUGUAGCGCCCUCCAAUCCACCAACGCCCUGCAUCAGCUCUACACGAUGUGCAAGGAUCCGGAGUACGAGUACGACAUCUCGACCAUCACGCAGCUUCUCAGCAGCAGCUCGGAUAAAGGCCCGGGGGCUUCCUUGUUUUGUCAUUGCACCAUCCCGCUCUCCGCCCCGGUGACCUGCAUGCACUACUUCCGCGGCCGCGACGAGCUCGUCUCCGGGCAGGCCAACGGCACGGUGGUGAUGUGGGGCGGGCCCAACCCGACUAGCGCGAAUGCUAGCCCUCCCAAUAUUAGUAUCGGUCCUCUUGACCAAAGACUGGUCAGCGUGCGGCAUGUCGUGACGCUGUCACCGGACGACAUCGCGGAGCAUUCACCCGUGUCCAUGGCGGGGCCGCAGCGCGGGAACUACCUCGUCGCUGCGGGGAUGUCGUACCAUGUCAUGCACCCCUACGCCCCGUACUUAGACACCGCGGCCUCCCAAUCCAAACGGCGAUCGAUCAGCGGCACGCCGUUGCCUCAGGCACUCUUGCGGGUGAUGCCGUACAACGAGCAAACGGGGGAGUGGGGCAACGGCGACGUCUUCCUUCGGCCGUUCGACCGCGUCAUCACGGCUGUCGCAGCACUGUCAAACAAUACGAUCUGCAGUGCGGAAUCCAGUCUUGGAGGUAAUUCUUUUCUAGCAAAAUCACAGGAAACGAGAACCCCUAAAAACUGCACGACGGCUUCUAGUGUGUUUAGCCAGGAACACAACAUCCAACUCAUUAAUUCUUCAGACGGUAGGGUAGUGCGUACUUUAGCCAACGCUCAUAGUGAUUACAUCACGGUCUUGUCAACCUGUGAAGAUGACGAAGUGGUGCUGAUAUCGGGGUCCCGGGAUAAAACCAUCAAGCUGUGGGAUACCCGUGUUAGCAACUCCUCAGCCGGCUCAAACGUGACGAAUGGGACAUCUUCUUUGUCCUCACCCUCCCUCUCGGCUAAGGCUUUGUCGGCCUCAGUUUACAAGCUAGAGUCUUCCCUUCACACGGACACCAUUAGCACUAUCUACACCUUCCGCAAUUUUAUUUUUACUGGUUCGAUGGAUGGUUCGAUGCUGAUCUGGGAUAGUCGUCGGACAGCGGCACCAGUUACAAGUCGUAGCUUUAUAUCCCCUAUCUUAGACAUUGCUGCUCUGGAGGGCGGGCGCACCGCAGUAGCGACUGCGCGCGGACUCUACUUAAUUUCUCUCGAAACUAUGUCAGCGGUACAUGUAGUGCCCAAUCUUGCCUUUACACGGCUUCUAUCCAAUGAUAGUGGUAGUGUAGUGUUUGCUGCGGGGGCGGGCGGAAUUAGUGUGUUUUCUUUAAGACGUUAG